GGUCACGGAUCGUCAGAGAUCAAAGCUGUAGAAGAUUACCGCUUGCGAAAAUCUUUACUCUUUUACGCCAAGAAGAUUAACAGAUCGACUUGUUCACGAUCUACGCAGCUUUGUUAUUAGAGGAGGAGUUGAGAUAUCGAUCGAUGUUACGAACGGUCGUUUAGAUUUCCCUUUUCGAUGCGGUGUUUUACAAGUUUUUUUUUUUUUUUUAUCGCGUUGAAAGUAUAUAAGAUCCUCGUGUUUCACGUAAAUCGAGUUGUUGUAAUAAUUAUGUCAAGAGAGUGUAUAUAUACGGAGGUGGGCAUUCCCGAGGAAUUUAUGAUUUAGAAAAGAUUUUCGUGAUAAGUAUUGGAACGAAACGUGAAACGUUCCUGUUAUUUACGGGGUCGUCGUCACGAGGGAGCGGCGAAGAAAUGAAAUGAACUCGUACCGUGUAAAAUCGAAACUCCCGCCUUUGAAUUAUCGAUCGCGCUCGAUGGAAACGUGCUUCGCCAAAGAACGAUCGAUUUCAAACCUCGUCUCCAAUACGACGAUCCGACAAUUACAAUAAAUCCUCGAGCGAGUUUAAAAUUUCAUCCAAUUGUCGCGCUCGAUUCUGUUUAGCAAAUUUUAUCUUCGAUUGUAAUAUAUCGAUAACGAUACAUUGCAGUGAAUCGUGUUUACGAUCUUAUCUAUUGAUUCGAAUAACGAAACUUUUGAUAUAAAUUCGAUGAAAAGAGUUGAUUCGAUGAUCGGUAAUUGAACGACACAUGGAAAAAUUUCUUUUUCCAAUUCUGUGAAUAAUCGUUCUUUCAACUCUAAUAUAUAUUUUUUGUUUCCUUUCAAACGUCAUACGAUAAUAAACUCGAGGCACGAUAAAAAAGAUUCGUACAUAGUAAAAAUAAUUCUGACGCGAAUGGGAACGCAAGUGCACUAUGCCGUCGUUGAAAACUUUUCGCGUAGAAUUCGAUCGACCAACGGCUACGUAUCUUAGUGGCGAAACUGUCAGUGGGAACAUUAUUGUGGACAUAGUAAGGGAGAAGGAAAUUAGAGGACUAUUCUUUAUUGCAAUCGGCCAGGCUAAUGUAAGCUGGACCGAAUAUGAUCAUACAAGAAAAAAGAAGCAUCAUAGCCAUAAUGUUAUCUAUAGCAAUUCCGAAAAAUAUUUCGAGUUCAAAUACAAUAUAAUUGCUAAGCACAAAUCUAAUUCGCGAAUGACAAUCCCCUUUGGAUAUCACGAGUAUCCAUUUAAUUUUCAACUACCUCAUAACAUACCAAGCAGUUUCGAGCAUAAAUACGGACAUGUAAGGUAUACUAUAAAAGUCGUAAUGGAUAGACCAUGGAGAUUCGAUCAUCAAACCAAAAUAGCAUUCACGGUUAUUUCAACUUUGGACUUGAACGCACAUCGUGAAAAAUGCCUAGGAUUGGACGAUGAAAUGAUAAAAAAUUUCUUUUCUUGCUGUUGCAAUCAAGGAUCGAUUAAUUUACAAAUUAGAAUACCAUCCUCUGGAUAUGUUCCAGGUCAAUCAAUAAUCACAAUGAUGAAUUACGUGAAUUCCACAAAUAAUAUACAAAUAACGAAGAUUAGUACAAAAUUGUUACAAAAACUCAAAUUUUAUGCAUCUACACCGCACACAAGAUUGAAAUCUAGUACUGUUGAAAUCGCAACUAAGGACACUUCAAAAUCGUACCUGGCUCGUGGUCAAGCCAUAUCAGGGAUGUUAAUCCCACCUAUACCACCGUCCUAUCUAGAAUAUUGUAGCAUAAUAGAUUUGAGUUACGAAUUACUCGUUACUGUACACGUUUCAGGACUGCAUUUUAAAAUGAAGAAAAGUUAUCCUCUUUUAAUCGGAACGAUACCACUCUAUCAUCCGCCUUCUGCACCAUCUCUGGACGAUAUAAAUGCAUCCACGACGAUAUCAUUUCCAAUCCCGACACCAGGUCAAUUUGAUAGGUCGCAUCUUCCAACGGAAGCUAUUGGUUUCGUUUCUCCAGAACAAUCCUUUGCUCCUUCGAAUCAUCUGGAUAUACCACCACCAUCCUAUAAAGAAUGCAUGUUUGGAACUGAGGAUAUCAUGGAUCAAGAUGAUUCGAAAUAUGUGUUUGGUGCGGAUAUCCCUUGGGCACCUAGAUAUCCAGUAUUCAAUUAUCCAAAAACAAGUUAAAAUUUUAGUUAAAGUUAAAAUUUUCCUCUACAAUUUUUAUCUUUGAUCACGAAAUAAUAUUUUCAUUUGUAUCUUUCUUCUUCAGACAUAUAUUAAUGAACGAAAGAUCGUAACGAGUAUAAUAUGAUAUCUGCCAAAGUUUUAAACCCAAAACAAAACAAGAAUCAACAAAUCUACUGCAACAUAACACAUAAUAUGUUAUUAGUAUAUUAUAUCUCGAUAAAAAUUCGCGAGAUAUUUUUUUAUAUAUAAUUUUAUCAUCAAUCAAAAGUCACAAGGCACGAGGGAAAAGCAACAGUUUUACGAAAAUGAUAUAUUUACACAAUUUAUUUUUAUAUCUCAACAUCGCCAUAUUGUAAUCAUAAUCAUCAUCGAGUCAUAUUAUAAUUAGCAAAAAAAAAAAAACCGAUUAUUAUUUUUAAAAA